GUUCCUGGCGAUUCUAUCGGAGAUGAAUUUAAGGGCUACGUGUUCCGAAUUUCUGGAGGAAAUGACAAACAAGGCUUUCCUAUGAAGCAAGGUGUCUUACGCAACGAUCGCGUACGGCUCUUGUUAUCCAAGGGGCAUUCAUGUUACAGGCCUCGUCGCACUGGUGAACGGAGUGACCUUUCUGUAUUGUCUUUGGUCGUAGUUAAACAGGGCGAACAGGAUAUUCCGGGACUAACUGAUAAUGCCGUUCCCAAACACGAUGUCCGUAAAUUUGUCAUCCGUCGUGAAGUUCAACCAAAAAAAGAAGGCAAGAAGUCUUAUACAAAAGCUCCCAAAAUUCAACGCCUUGUAACUCCUCUUACCUUACAGCGAAAACGUCAUCGUAUCGCUCUUAAGCGUAGAAGAGCUCAGGCAGCCAAAGCAGCAGAAGAAGAAUAUGCAAUCCUGCUUGCCAAACGUGUAAAGGAGCAAAAAGAAAGGAAAGCAGAUCUUAAAAAGAAAAGAGCUACAGCUCAUAAAAUUACUGAAAAGGAUACAUAUACGAUAGAUUAUUUGUCAAAACGUGUGCAAAAAAAAGAAUAUAGAAAAAUACUUAACUGGAUGAUCGUUUCUAAAAUUCGCAUUGGGUUAGGAUUAAAAUACAUUGAUCGAGAGCGGGAUGCCGGAUGGCCGUUCGGAGAUGGAGACCUGUCUCCUGGAGAUCUUUCAGUUCUUUCUCUUGUUUCCUCCCGGGGACGAGAAGAUGAGCGAGAGUCACGACGUUUGCUUUCACCCCUCGAUUGUGAUAUAGACCUGGACCUUCUAUCUUCAGCCAUGCGUUCAUCUCCAUUGGUUCGAUCUCCCCUCUCAGGGCUCCUAGGACUUCUGGAUCUCGUACGACUACGGCGUGUGUCAGAACGGGGAGAGCGGCUGCGUCCACGAGAACGAGAUCGGCGACGUCUUCUAUGGCGCGGAGGAGUAGGAGAUCGGCGACUUCUACGGGGAGAGCCUCUAUUACUACCUUCGUAUCUCCAAGACCUCGAAGGUGCAUUUUUGGCCCACUGA